GAAUAUCUUGGCCUCCAUCGAAUUCAAGCCUAUUGACUUUUCUCCGACUUAGCAAUAUCUUGAGCAAGACACUAUAAAAGGAGUUGGAAAACCAUCCUUUCUUCCUCAAUCACCAAGAUGGGAACAACAACCAAAACCAUUUUCUCCUCCUUUUUACUCUGCUCACUCCUGCUUCACCUUUACUUUUCAGAAGGAGUAGUAGCACAAGAGGUGGUGGCAAAAUCAGAGAGCGAAGCAUUAGGGGAACCAGAGAAAAGAGAAACACUAGAAAUUAUUAUAGGUGGUGGAGGUUCCCCUGCUCCUUCCCCUGAAGCUCCAUGUCCCCCUCCCCCACCCAAACUUAACCGUUUAGACAGAGCGCGUCGUGCGCUUCUCAACUUCAAAAACCUCAUCGAUGACCCAAACUGUUACACGCAAAAUUGGAACGACCAAACUGAUACGUGUGACUUCAACGGGAUACGAUGCGCCACAUAUCCAACGGACAAACAGAGAGCAGUUGCAGGAGUGGACUUAAACGGAGCAAGAGUGACGGGUCAAAACGGGUGCGCUUUGCCCCUCUCAUCUCUCUUGGGCCAGAGCCAAAUACCCGAGCUCACAUUCUUCCACGUCAAUUCCAACGGCUUCGCCGGCUCUGUCCCCAGCGAUGUCAUCAAUUUCCCUUACUUCUUCGAGCUCGACCUCAGUAACAACAAAGUCAAAGGCCAGUUUCCCCUCGACGCCAUUAAGUCAAACCAACUAGUUUUCCUCGACCUCCGCUUCAACGAACUCACCGGCCCGAUUCCCUUCCAACUCUUCCAGAAGGAUCUCGACGUCAUCUUCAUCAACAACAACCACUUCACACAGUACCUCCCCCAGAAUUUCGGCUCCACGCCGGCCCGCUACCUCACUUUCGCCAACAACAACCUCACCGGCCCGAUUCCCAAGAGCGUCGGUUACGCACCCAACCUCACCGAAGUUCUCUUCCUCGGGAACCAGUUCGACGGCUGCUUGCCCAUUGAAAUCGGAAACCUUAAAAAAGCUGUCGUCUUUGAUGUGAGUAAGAAUUCUCUCACCGGCCCAAUCCCUCUCUCUUUCGGGUGCUUGAAGAGCAUUCAGUAUCUGAAUUUGGCGAACAACAAAUUCUACGGCUGUGUUCCCGACAACCUUUGUCAAAUUCCUUCUCUCCGCAACAAUGGGAAUCUCUCCUUGGCCAACAAUUACUUCAACGAGCUUGGCCCCUCCUGCUGGAGUUUGAUCAAGUCCAAGGUUUUGGAUGUCUCAAAGAAUUGCAUCCAUGGGCUGCCAAACCAAAGAUCACCCACCGAAUGCUAUUACUUUUACAAGACGAAGAAGACGUGUCCGAAUCCGAGUUCUUUCUAUACAGUGCCGUGUAAAUCGCACUGGGGAAAACCCAGUUCCGAAACCAAUGUUCCAACCUCUGCACCGGUGACUUACAAAGCUCUUAAACCGCAUCGUUUGAGAUUAUGAUGGAUGAGAUAUCUCAUACUUGUGGUGAACUAUUUGUUGGAGUUCAUGAUACUAAUUAAUGAACGUGCUUGUCUUUUGUAUAUUUCUCUUUCCUAUUAGCUGUUGUUUUUGUAUUCUGUAUGCCCAUUAAUAAGCACCGUGGUUGAAUUGGGCUUCUUGACUAUUGCUUCUUUGGUGUCACUCAAAUGUAAUUUCUGUAAGUGGUCGAAUAAAAUUUGUACUAUCUUUGCAUGAGAAAA